AUGGCCGGAGUCAAGGCGCCGAUGAGUCAAAUGAGAAAAUUUGAGAGUAAAGAAGCUUUGUUCCGUGCUCGGAAACGUAUCCUUAAAUACCUAGUGCUCGGCUACCUGAAGCAGGAAGGAUACUUCGCCACUGCGGAGACAUUCGCUUUCGAAGCAGCGCUGACUGGCGAGUACGAAGUGUGCGAUAACAUCGACCUGGAUAUAAUAUUGCAGGACUACUGCAGCUACUACCUAAUGCGGUUCAAUAAGCAACCCCAGUUCUGUAGGAAGAUGGAAGAAAGACAGCCAAUACGGAGGCCGGCAACCAGAGGACGAACUAAGACUGAGCAUGUUCCAGAAUGCGUCUGCGAGAAGCAGGAGAUUGAUUUACCUUCAACUUUCACCAUCACCAAAUUGCAGAAGGAAGAGGAAAUAAAUAUCAAAAAUCUAUCGACAGUAGAAAGAAAGCCUUUAGCCGGUUUCUUAGCAAAUAUAACCCCAGACAAGAAGCAGUUGGUGGAACUGCUAUACCAGGAUAUACUCAGACCUUCGGCAGUAUCAUGGGAUGAAGUUAAAGGAUUAUCUUCAGCGAAGAGUUUGUUGAUGGAGUCCGUGGUGUAUCCUGUACGGUAUCCAGAAGUAUUCACGGGACUUCUCGAACCUUGGAGAGGUGUGCUACUCCACGGGCCUCCAGGGACAGGAAAAACGAUGCUCGCAAAAGCAGUUGCUAGUGAAAGUCUGUGCACAUUCUUCAAUAUAUCUUGCAGUACCAUCGUCAAUAAAUGGAGAGGAGAAUCUGAGAAGAUCAUUAAGGUACUCUUCGAGAUGGCAUCAUAUUAUUCUCCAUCAAUAAUCUUCAUUGACGAAGUAGAGACCUUGGCUUCAGACAGAUCCGCUCCAGGGGAACAUGAGGCCUCUAGACGACUGAAGGCACAACUCCUUACUGAACUUGACGGCAUCGAGUCAAGAGAUGGAAUAAUAUUCUUACUGGCUAAUUCUAAUAUGCCCUGGGAAAUAGACCCAGCCAUGCUUCGACGACUAGAAAAGCGUAUUUUCAUUCCCCUUCCGGACUAUGAGACACGUGCAGAACUCUUUGAGACAUACCUCAACACAAAAAACAUAGAACUUUACCCUAAAGUGGACUUUAAGGAGUUCGCGUCGAAGACUGAGGGGUAUUCUGGUAGCGACAUCAAGUUGGUGUGUAAGGAGGCUCUUAUGUCUACUGUGAGGAAGAUGUUACCGAAUAUGGUAGGGAAAGGUAACGUACAAAACCGUAAGGACAAACUAGAUUUGUCGGAUAUAUUAACAGCAAUAGAGAAGACGAAGCCAGUUUCCAAAAACUUGGCCAGCAAACACAAGGAAUGGCAGAAUGAGAUGGGUUGUUCGUAG